CUGCGGGGACCUGGAGGCGACGGCGCUGGGCCGCUGCGACCACCCGGUGUGCUACCGCUGCUCCACCAAGAUGCGGGUGCUGUGCGAGCAGCGCUACUGCGCUGUGUGCCGCGAGGAGCUGCACCAGGUUUGGUGCUGGGUGGAGCCAUGGGUGACGCAAGACCUGACGGGAGCAUGGCUGCCCCCUGGUGGAGAUCUUGGGAUGAAGUCUGUGCCAACAGUUCUUAUGUAGAGAGGAGAGGAGGCCCAGGCUGGCUGCUGCCACCUGGGGGCCUGAAGCCCUCUUCUGUGGCCCUUGCCAUCCCGCCCAAGCCCGCCCACCGCUGUGUGUCUCCAGGUGGUCUUUGGGAAGAAGCUUCCUGCCUUUGCCACAAUCCCCAUCCACCAGCUGCAGCAUGAGAAGAAAUACGACAUCUACUUUGCAGAUGGAAAGGUGUUUGCAUUGUACAGGCAGCUGUUGCAGCACGAGUGCCCACGGUGCCCCCAGCUGCCACCCUUCGGCCUCAUUGGAGACUUGGAACAGCAUAUGCGGAAGCAGCAUGAGCUCUUCUGCUGCAAGCUAUGCCUCAAGCACCUCAAGAUCUUCACCUACGAGCGCAAGUGGUACUCACGCAAGGACCUGGCUCGGCACCGCAUGCAAGGGGACCCUGACGACACGUCACACCGGGGACAUCCUCUGUGCAAGUUCUGUGAUGAGCGCUACCUGGACAACGAUGAGCUGCUCAAGCACCUGCGCCGGGACCACUACUUCUGCCACUUCUGUGAUGCAGACGGGGCCCAGGAAUACUACAGUGACUACGCAUAUCUGCGUGAGCACUUCCGGGAGAAGCACUUCCUGUGUGAGGAGGGCCGCUGCAGCACAGAGCAGUUCACCCAUGCCUUCCGCACCGAGAUCGACCUCAAGGCGCACAAGACGGCCUGCCACAGCCACAGCCGUGCCGAGGCACGCCAGAACCGCCAGAUCAACCUUAAGUUCAACUAUACACCACGGCACUCGCGCCGGAGUGAGGGGGUCGUCAGUGGUGAGGACUAUGAGGAGGUGGACAGGUACAACCGCCAGGGCCGAGGUGGCCGGGCCAGUGGGCGUGGAGCCCAGCAGAGCCGCCGAGGAAGCUGGAGGUACAAGAGAGAAGAAGAGGACCGAGAAGUGGCUGCCGCCAUCCGGGCCUCUGUGGCUGCCCAGCAGCAGACGGAUCCUCGGAGGAGUGAGGACCGAGAGGAGGGUGGCAGGCCCAAGAAGGAAGAAGUAACAGCCCGGGCGCCUGAGGAGCCUCGAGGCUCCCGACGCCUGCCCCGGCCUCCGGGAGAAGGCCCAGGUCCCAAGGAAACCUCAGCAAAUGGGCCCUUGAGCCAGGAAGCCUUUCCAGCCUCGGGCCCAGGCACAGUGGCCGGGCCUCCCAGUGCCCUUCCAUCGCCCACCCCGAAGCUCAAGGAUGAGGAUUUCCCCAGUCUGUGUGCCUCCACUUCCUCCUGCUCCACAGCAGGCACCGCGGGCUCUGUGGGGCUGGCCCUGGCAUAUCCCGUCCCCACUCGGGGAAGGAACACCUUCCAGGAGGAGGACUUCCCUGCCCUCGUGUCCUCCGCCACCAAGCCCAACUCUGUGACCCCCAGCCUCACCUCUGCCUGGAACAAUAGCUGUAGCAAAAAGGGGGCCCCGCCUGCCCCAGCAGUCCAGGCUAUGGGUGGGGGUACCCAGCCCCCUAAGAAAGCUGGAAAGGGGAGCAGGGGUGGGCGGAAGGGCGGCCUACCCCCUGUGGGGGCGGAGGAGGGGGGUGGCCUCACGGUGCAGGAGCUGCGCAGUGUGCCCACCACAGUGGCGGUCUCCUCCCUGCUGCCGCCAGCUUCCACUCCAAGCUCCACUAAAGUCGGCAAGAAGAAGAAGGUGGGCUCUGAGAAGCCUAGAGCUACAUCGCCCCCACUGCUACCUCCCAACUGUACCCCAAAGUCCCUUGGGGCUGAGCAGGCCCCUGAAGCCCCUUUAGGCAGAACAGAAGGGCCAGUAGGGGUCAUCGUUAAUGGACAUGCAGAGGGGUCGGUCCUGGCAAAGAGCAUCCCCAAGGAACCACCAGGGCUCCCCAGGCCUGUGGGGCCCCUCCCCUGCUCUUCCCCCCAAGAUUUCCCGGCACUUGGAGGCCCCUGCCCACCGCCCAGGAUGCCUCCCCCACCAGGCUUCAACACUGCAGUGCUCCUGAAGGGCACACCACCGCCACCACCACCAGGCCUGACGCCUCCUGCCAGCAAGCCACCCCCUGGUUUCUCCACUCUCCUGCCCAGCUCCCAGACACCCUGUGCCCCCAACCCCACCACCACCAUGAAAGCACCAAGGCUGCCAUCCACAACACCCCGGGCCUACCUGGUCCCCGAGAACUUCCGGGAAAGGAACCUACAGCUCAUCCAGUCCAUCAAGGACUUCCUGCAGAGUGAUGAGGAACGCUUUAACAAGUUCAAGAGCCAUUCGGGAGAGUUCCGGCAGGGGAUGGUCUCUGCAGCACAGUACUACAAGAGCUGCCGGGAUCUGCUUGGGGAGAACUUCCAGAAGAUCUUCAGCGAGCUGCUGGUGCUGCUGCCAGACACAGCCAAACAGCAGGAGCUGCUGUCCGCCCACGCCGACUUUCGCAGCCACGAGAAGCCCACGGGCGCCAAGUCCAAGAAGAACAAGAGGUGCCCGUGGCAGGCCAGUGCCCAGCAGGCAGGCCUGGACUGCUGUGUAUGCCCCACCUGUCAGCAGGUGCUUGCUCAUGGUGACAUCAAGAGCCACCAGGCACUGCACGCAGCCCGGGACGAUGACUUUCCCUCCCUGCAAGCCAUCGCUAGGAUCAUCACGUAGCUGCUGCUGCCAGCGCAGGCCGGAGCCCUCACACCCUGCGUCUCCUUUCUCCUUCCUUCUAGCUGCCGUGCAGCUAGACAGGGCCCUCAUGAGUCUGUUGCUCAAGUCUGUUGGCGGGCCAGGCCUGCCAGCGGGUUACCAGGAAAGCCUGCUGUGUGCCAUGGGCACACACAGAAGUCCCAUCCUCUGCUCAGUAGUGGGCUCCUCUUGUGUGCAUUCUUGUGUUUUGUAAGGUGCCAGGGGAGGGAAAGACUAGGGUGCAGAGAUCUGAGCCUGUGGUCAUGAUCCAAGGCCCAGUGGCCCACAGUGGGCCCUCCUGGGUCUGGAGCCUGCAGCCCCCAGAGCUGAAAGCCGUAGGCCCACUGGUGCUGGAGUCAUGUCAAGUGUGUUGUUCAAGCAAUUGGCUCUUUGAUAAUUCAGAAUGUUCCAGAUUAAACCAGACACAAAAUUGUGCUACUUGAAGUUGAAUCUUUUUAUGAGACAAGCUGUAUCUGGGAUCUCAAAUUGCCUCUGACAUUUUAUAAGACAGUUUAUCUUCAAAUAAAUUUAUUUUGCAGUACUGCACAUA